CGCUGGGUUGAGGAAAUUGAUGACGGGGAAACAUGCGGGCGACCCAGUGUAUAAAACUCAUAAACGUGUAGGCAGAGGCUCAGCUACUGGUUUGGAAGCUGGACGGCUGCUUCCCAUCAGCAGAAACCACGAGUCGGGAAGCUGAGCCCGAGCCUGCUGGGGACCAUGAAGAACCUCUUGCUUCUGACCACGCUCCUUGUUCCUGUACACCUGGUGACGGCCUGGAGCACCAAGUACGCGGUGGACUGUCCGGCACGUUGUGACAGUAACGAGUGCAAAAGCAGCCUGCGCUGCAAGAGGACAGUGCUGGACGACUGCGGCUGCUGCCGCGUAUGCGCCGCAGGGCUGGGGGAAACUUGCUACCGCACGGUCUCAGGCAUGGACGGCGUCAAGUGCGGCCCGGGGCUGAGGUGUCAGUUUUACAGUGAGGAGGAUGAUUUUGGUGACGAGUUUGGUAUCUGCAAAGACUGCCCCUAUGGCACCUUCGGGAUGGAAUGCAAAGAGACCUGCCGCUGCCAGUUGGGCAUAUGUGACAGAGUGACUGGCAAGUGUCUGAAAUUUCCCUUCUUCCAGUAUUCGAUAGCCAAGUCUUCUGACAGGAGAUUUGUUUCUCGCGCAGAACAUGACAUGGCAUCUGGAGACGGCAAUGCUAUGAGAGAAGAAACGGUGAAAGAGAAUGCUGCCCGGGCUCCUGUCAUGAAAUGGUUAAAUCCACGCUGAUACUGGGUGGGAUUCCUAAGUGAAGGCUUUAUUUUAGUGAUUGUUCAAUGUACAACCAACAUUUUGGAAACUAUCUAGAUUAUAGCAUAUGGACAUGUAAUUUUUGGAGACCAAUUGUGAUUCAGGGCCGGUCCAGAAAAAAAAAAAAAGUAGGCUACUUCCAUCUGUAAAAUGCAUGUGCCAACAGUUUUAGAUACUUGAAUGCCGAAUGUGUAGGUUCGUUAGAUAUGUGUAUAGUGAUUCUGAAGAACUAAAAAUGCAAUUUAGAUAAUGUUGAUGUGGAGACAAGUCAGCCAAAGAGAAAGCUGGCCAAAGCUGAAGACCGCAGGGCACCAGCAGACUCGCUGACUCGGCUGUACAUCAACGCUGGGAUGCAGGAUCAAGGAAGAGUCCGGAGCAAGGGAGGUGGGGGUGGGAGCGAGGGUUGUACUAUUUUGCUCUUCCUUGUGGUAGCUUCAGUAGAACUUUGUGCUCUUUUCUUUUGUGAGAAGUCAGAACAGAACAGCCCAGAAAACCCCUAAAGGAAGUGGGAUGUUUGAAGCUUGUGGGGGUUUGAGUAAAAGCCUCAAUAUGAGGCAGGUUUCAAAAGGCUGCUAAUUUAGCCCCCCAGUUUGCAUGUAUCUGAGGGAUGGUUCUGGGGCUGUGGACGAACAUAAGACUUCCAUAAAUGGUUUUAAAGAAUGACACCUCAGAAGUCGAGCUGGGAAAUAUUUUGCCUGCUUGAGGGAGAAGUGAAGGUAAAUAUUUAUAUAUUUUUGUAAAAAAUAUGUUACUAUGAGUCAUCCUCCAUACCCAUAUUUAUCACCCUCUUGAGGAGAUGAACAUAAUAUUGUUUGUUUAAAAUGGUUAUAAUAAAGGUGUAACUCUAUAAGUUUUUCAUACAUCAGAGACAUGAUAAAUUUAUUAAUUAUAAUAAUAUUAAUAGUAAGAAGCAUGAGAGAAGUCUAGAAAAAUUCAGUCACUAUGGAGUUAUAAAAUGUAUAAAAUUAGCAAAAAGGGGAAUUUUUUUUUCUUUCAAACUUGGUUUGUAUGUUGAAUUAGAAGUCCAAUUGGGAAGAUCUUAGCACUAACAAGAUUGUUGUUCUAGAUGCUUUUAGGGAAUAUUUGCAGAAGUAUUUUAUUUGGAGUGAAGAACUAAUUUAAGAAUUAUGUGACUGUCUACCUAUAUUUUAUUAUUAAAGUUUGCCAACAGAGUUGUGGAUGCCUGUGUGGGAGGGUCUUUGAAUGUAAGCCGAAUAAGCUGUUAGGUUUUUUUUAAAAGGAUAUGUUUAUUAUUGUUCAAUAAAAAAACCAAAACACA